UUGGAGUGCGAAUUAGCUGGAGUGUCAUUUUCAUGUCAUAAAAGUAAAACCCAGUGCCAAUUAGUAUUACGAAGCUGUAUUUAUAUCAUUUUCUUGAAUAAUUCUUACUUAAAUCAUUCAAGAAUCUUACAGUUUACUUUACUUGUUAAAGACCAUUUGAAGUCCACUUACGCUUUCCUUCCCACCGCUUUCUCUUGAGUUGCAGAUCUACAGAGAUCAAGAAAUGGAGCUCUGUUUCAGAUCUUUAAGCAAAAUUACAACUCCGAUCAUUCUCCUAUUUUCCUUGCUUUCUUGCUUCUGCUUCAAUUCAUCGGAGGCCUAUGAUGCGCUUGAUCCUAAUGGAAAUAUCACAAUUAAAUGGGAUAUCAUCACUUGGACUCCCGAUGGCUAUGUUGCUGUGGUGACAAUGUACAACUUCCAACAAUAUCGUCACAUUCAAGCCCCUGGUUGGACUUUGGGAUGGACGUGGGCAAAGAAGGAGGUGAUAUGGAGCAUGAUGGGUGCUCAAACAACAGAACAAGGAGAUUGUUCGAGAUACAAAGGGAACACUCCACAUUGCUGCAAAAAAAAUCCAACGGUUGUUGACCUACUGCCUGGAACUCCAUACAACCAACAGAUUGCGAAUUGUUGCAAAGGAGGGGUAAUUAAUUCAUGGGUGCAAGAUCCAUCCAAUUUUGCAAGCUCUUUCCAGGUUAGUGUUGGUGCGGCUGGAACCACCAACAAAACUGUUAGAGUGCCAAAGAACUUCACAUUGAAAGCACCAGGGCCGGGCUAUACUUGUGGACCUGCUAAAGUAGGGAAACCUACCAAGUUUAUGUCCCAAGACGGGAGAAGACAGACACAAGCAAUGAUGACGUGGAAUGUUACGUGCACAUAUUCACAGUUUCUGGCCCAAAAAACUCCUACUUGCUGUGUCUCACUCUCAUCCUUCUACAACGAUACUAUUGUUCCAUGCCCAACAUGCACUUGUGGAUGCCAAAAUAAUGGCACUCAGCCAGGAAGUUGUGUGAAUCCCGACGCACCGCACCUUGCUUCAGUUGUUCCAGACAAUGGGAAGAAUAAUUAUGCACCUUUAGUCCAAUGCACCAGCCAUAUGUGCCCCAUUCGAGUCCACUGGCAUGUCAAAUUAAACUACAAGGACUACUGGCGGGUGAAGGUUACAAUCACAAACUUCAAUUACAGGAUGAAUUAUACACAGUGGAACUUGGUUGUGCAACAUCCUAAUUUCGACAAUCUAACUCAGUUAUUCAGCUUCUACUACAAGCCAUUAACUCCUUAUCAAGAUAUAAAUGACACGGCAAUGUUAUGGGGUAUUAAAUUUUACAACGAUUUGCUCAUGCAAGCCGGCCCUCUAGGAAAUGUGCAAUCGGAGCUUCUAUUCCAAAAGGACAAAUCUACUUUCACUUUUGAGAAAGGUUGGGCCUUUCCUCGUAGAGUCUAUUUCAAUGGUGACAACUGUGUCAUGCCACCUCCCGAUGAAUAUCCAUAUCUACCAAAUGCUGGAUCCCGCCCAGACGUCUCCUUGCUUGUGCUAGCAGUCACAUUGUUGUCAUCUGUUGCAUUUUACUUCGUAUGUUUUUAAGAAUUUCUACUGAUCAAUUUGUGAAGCACAUCAAUUCAAUCUGGAAAAUCAGAGCAAAUUGAAGAAUUUAUAGACGUGGGCAAUGUAACUUUGCAUGUUUGCACGGAUUCCAGGGCCCAAAUUUGUAAGCAAAGCCCCUUCUUACUUCAAUUGUUGGCAACUUGACUUCAUUUUUUCUCUUGUUGCAGUAUAAACAUGCGUUUACCUGUGCUUCAAACCAUAUUGUUUGUAGAGUUUGUUUAUUUAGACCAUAGUGUUCACUAGAUUUGUAAUGAGAAUAAGAACAAUUUGAUAAAUUAAGUAAUAAUUGCAAAUGAAUCUUGGAGUUUUGGUUU